AAACUUGAAAGCUUUUCUUGUCAUUUCCCCCGGAAAGUGUCUCAUCACAUCCUUCAAAAUUAAAUUUCAAUUCAAAAUUCCAAAACAAUGUCCCUCUCCCAAACAAAUCUCCAGCAAUUACACACCGACAUCAUAAAUUACCUCACCAAACGUAGUCGAAUAAUGUCAUGUCACAAAUUACACACUUGGAAUGAAUUCACAACCCAAUACCAUAAUCAAUAUUCCGAUUUCACUCGAGAAGAUUUACGACGUGAAUUCCUCCAAACAAUUCUUCCAAAAGUCUUCUCCUACCACCUGACAUCAAUUCAAAGAAGAAAAAUUGAAAUCUAUUCAACACACAAUGGUUUCACGAAAACUGACAAUGGUUUCCAAGAACAACCUUCGUUGACUCAUCUUCCAAAAGAGGGAAUCCACUUUUGUACUAGCAAAGAAGAAGCUCAGAUAAAAGGAUUAGCUUGCGUUCUAGAAGAACCAGCCUCAAUUCCGACUUCCGAUCAAAAAAUCAGAGCUUGGUUAUCGGCGGUAAACUCCACUGAAGAUGAAUUAGCAUUGAACCGUCUUCUGCCAGAACAAGAACUCCGAACAAGACUGACACAAUCCCACAUUGACUUCAAAACGACGGCAAACUAUCCCCCGAACCUAACUCCAACGAUAGCCCAAAAGAUCAUCGCCUAUCGAACCGAAUGCCAGGAACUAUCAUCCCGCUUCAAUAAAUCUUAGAA